AUGGCUACAGAACUAGUAAGCACACAGUACUUCACCAUUGCCGGUCUCAUCCUCGCUUGUCUGGUCGUCCACUAUGUUUGGGCAACAUUCUUCUCCGCCCGAGCAAGGCAGCUCGCUAGAUUACCUCCAGGACCAAAGCGCAUACCUUUCAUUGGAAAUCUACUGGACCUUCCCAACAAACAGUCGUUCGGAGAAGAAUACUGGACCAAACAUCGCAAACUGUACGGUCCGAUAAGUUCAAUGACAGUGUUUGGAACAACCUUCAUCGUCCUGAACGACCUUCAAAUCGCGACUGAGCUGAUGGACAAGCGCAGCGCAAAGUACUCCGGCAGGCCAAGCUUUCCCAUGGCCUCCUUUGUUGCAGGAUAUGAGCACGCCUGGCUAACCCAGCAACAUGACGAUGUGCACCGUGCCUACAGAAAGAUGACGCAUGCUCAAUUCGGAUCGUUCACUGCCGUUGACAGAUGGAAGCAGGAAUACGAUGUCGAGUCACGGCGGUAUCUGCUUCGUCUGCUACAGAAGUCCGAGGGUUUCCUGGAUCACAUCAGAUAUGGAUCCGGAGCUACCAGUCUGAAGAUUUUAUAUGGAUACACAAGCGAUCCGUCGGGGAAAGACGAUUUGAUAGAUCUCGCUGAGGCAACGAUGCAGGACUUCUCGCACCUCAUUACGCCGGGCGACUGGCUUGUCGAUACCUUCCCACUCCUUCGAUAUGUUCCGGACUGGGUCCCAGGCGCGUCCUUCAAGAAGAAGGGACGCGAGAUGCGAGAACGCUUGCAUGCAGGUGCGAGGAAGGCUUACGAGUUCACGACCACACAAAUGGCGAAAAAGACCAACAAACUGUCGCUGGUUUCUGAAGUUCAUAAAAAGUUCGGACAUAGCAUGACGUCGACUGAAGAGCUUCACCUCAAGUGGACUAGCUACAGCUUAUAUAUGGGUGGUGCAGAUACCUCAGUGGGCGUAAUAGAGAUCUUCUUCCUGGUGAUGACCUCGAAGAUAGAUUCUCAGCGCAGAGCGCAAGCAGAGAUCGAUUCCGUUGUGGGAACGGAUCGGUUACCCGACAUUUCUGACCAGGCCAAACUGCCGUAUGUCGAAGCUCUGUACAAGGAAAUCAUACGCUGGAAAUCUCUUGGAUCUAUCGGUGUCCCGCAUCUCGCGGACGAAGACGAUGAGUACGAAAACUACUUCAUACCGAAGGGAGCCGUAAUCGUACCACACGCCGCAGGCAUGUAUCAUAACCCGAAGGUCUACAAAGAUCCGUUCGAAUGGAACCCCGAUCGAUUUCUGGGUGACAACCCUGAACCAGACCCUCAAAGCAUUACCUUCGGCUUUGGCCGACGAAUCUGUCCUGGUCGCUACCUCGCAAUGCGAAUGAUGUGGUUGGAGAUUGCACAGACCUUGGCAGCAUUUGAUAUCAGGGAGAUCAAGGGCGAAGAGCCUAGUUGGAGAUUUGCUACGGGCGCCAUUGAACAUCCUCUGCCGUUCAAAGCUGACAUCCGCACCCGAAGCGCAAAGCAUGAAGCACUGGUGAGAGCGGUGGAGGUGGAACACCCGCUCACUCAUGGAGAUUCACACCUCGUGCCAGCUUAG